UUGUGUGUGUGUGUGCGUGUAUGUGUGUGUGUGAGAAAGAGAGAGAGAGCUACCACUUGAACACUUUUACACGACCGGAGAAAUUCAUGGACAAAUUAGUCCGUCGGUUUCGCGGGAAGAGCGAAGGAUAAGUGGCGGACGAACGGAGAGACAUGUUUUUUAGGGGGAAAGGAGAGACUGUCCGGCUGCCUGCACUUCCAACCAGCGUUAAAGCCUCUUUGAUGCAGCCGCUUAGCUAACAAGCUAACUCGGAAUGUUUUCAGAAACUAGCUUGUUAGGUAGCCUGCUAGCUAGCUAAGUCGGCCGGAGACAUUUGCGGUGUGGAUUGAACAAACAGUGAAAAUGAUACUCGUGUCUUUCGAUACAGUAAGUGAGAGAUUUGUGGCAGCGUGUCUAACCGGGUAUGUUGAAUGUUUCGAGCUCCAGAGCUCGCUCGGUUCCUAAUUUCCAGUGGGGACAAUAGUUAACUGUCCAGGCAACAAGUCUGGCUCGCACCGCUGCUUUAACAUUACUCAAGUUUGCACUCAUUGUGUGCGGUGUUGUAGUUGCUCCGUGUGUGCUCGUAGCUCGCUAGAAACGACUCCUCUGUGCUAAAAUGAUCGCUUAUGGCUAAGUAAAGGUGGCGUUAUACAAAGGAAAGUAGGGUGCGACUUCAGAUGCCCUGAUUCGAGCGCAUCGGGUCACCGUGUUGUAUAGGAAAACCUGUUGUCAGUUAACCGAUACCAUUAUUGACGAGGAGACGAGGUGGAUGAACAUUAUAAAUCGCCCACAUGCGUUGGAUCAGUUCCCGGACUUGUGAAAGGCAUCUGAAGCAGAAGGAGGGAGAAGUGAGCGCACAACCCUUGCAGCCCGGGGGAAGAUGGCGGAACGUUCCCGCAGGAGGUGGUGAAACCAAAACUUCGGGACUUCUUGGAUUUAUCGCCGGGCAUCUUAUCCCAGAUCGCCGGACACAUGCAGGCCAAAAAACGAUACUUACUUCUGUUCUCCGCCGGUGCGUGUCUCGUCCUGUUGUUCUGUUUCGGGGGGAUACAAGUCCCUCUUUCCAGACGGGGUCCCAACCGGCGUGAUGACCGCAGCCUCGCCGGUUUUCACCCCGGGGCGCGGUGGCGUCGCUUGCCGGGUUACCUGCAGCCGUUCAGUCCCUGGGAGCAGGACCGGAGCGAUGAUCUCAAUGAACACAUAUCUCCCAGGCAGAAGAGGGACACCCUCUCGGGCCUUUACACCGGGAAACGCUGCAGAAUGGAGUCCUGUUUCGACUUCUCCCUGUGUGAGAGGAAUGGAUUUAAAGUUUACGUGUACCCGCAGCAGAAAGGGGAGAAGCUGUCCGAGAGUUAUCAGAACAUCUUAUCCUCCAUUGAAGGGUCCAGGUUCUAUACACCUGACCCAGCUCAGGCAUGCUUGUUUGUCCUGAGUUUGGACACUCUGGACCGGGACCAGCUUUCCCCCCAGUAUGUACACAACCUGAAAGCAAAAAUCCAGAGCCUUCCUCUGUGGAAUGGAGGCAAAAACCACAUCAUCUUCAAUCUAUACUCCGGCACUUGGCCAGACUACACAGAAGAUCUUGGCUUUGACAUUGGUCUCGCAAUGCUGGCCAAAGCCAGCAUCAGCACAGAGAACUUUCGGCCAAACUUUGACGUUUCCAUCCCUCUCUUCUCUAAAGACCACCCUAGGACAGGAGGGGAUAGGGGCUAUCUGAAACAUAACACAAUCCCCCCUUAUAGGAAGUACAUGCUUGUUUUUAAGGGGAAGAGGUACCUAACUGGAAUAGGUUCGGACACUAGGAAUGCUUUAUAUCAUGUUCAUAACUCAGAGGAUGUGGUCCUCCUCACCACUUGUAAACAUGGGAAGGACUGGCAGAAGCACAAGGAUGCACGGUGUGAUAAAGACAACGCAGAAUACGACAAGUAUGACUACAGAGAGAUGCUGUACAACUCUACAUUCUGUCUGGUACCUCGAGGACGACGGCUGGGUUCCUUUCGCUUCUUAGAGGCCUUGCAGGCAGCUUGUGUGCCAGUGAUGCUAAGCAAUGGCUGGGAGCUUCCCUUCUCAGAGAUCAUCGACUGGAAUACGGCAGCCGUUAUUGGGGAUGAAAGGCUGCUGUUACAGAUCCCCUCAACAGUGCGGUCUAUCCACCAGGAUAAGAUCUUGUCCCUGAGACAGCAGACACAGUUCCUAUGGGAGGCUUACUUCAACUCUGUGGAGAAGAUAGUGCUGACCACACUGGAGAUCAUCCAGGACCGGGUACUGCUGCACACCUCAAGGAGCAACCUCAUGUGGAACAGUCUUCCUGGAGGUCUUUUCACCCUGCCUCAGUACUCCACACACCUGAGAGACUUCCCCUUCUACUACGCUAAGCUGGGUAUCAAGCCUCACCCCAAGUUUACAGCAAUCAUUCAUGUGGUCACCCCACUGGUCUCCCAGUCCCAGCCAGUCAUGAAGCUGCUUGUGUCUGUGGCCAAAUCCCAGUACUGUGCUCAGGUGAUGGUUCUGUGGAACUGCGACAAGCCUCUUCCUGCCAAGCACCGCUGGCCUGCCACCUCAGUCCCUGUUAUCGUUAUAGAAGGAGAAAGCAAGGUGAUAAGCAGCCGCUUUCUACCCUACGACACCAUCCCCACUGAUGCCGUGCUCAGUCUGGACGAGGACACCGUACUUUCCACCACAGAGGUCGACUUUUCCUUCACAGUGUGGCAGAGUUUCCCAGACCGCAUAGUUGGUUACCCAGCCCGCAGCCACUUCUGGGACAGCAACAAGGAGCGGUGGGGCUACACUUCCAAAUGGACCAACGACUACUCCAUGGUGCUCACUGGGGCCGCCAUCUAUCACAAAUACUACCACUACUUGUAUACCACCUACCUUCCAGCCAGUCUGAAGACCAUGGUUGACCAAAUGUCAAACUGCGAGGACAUUCUGAUGAAUUUUCUGGUGUCGUCGGUGUCUAAGCUACCACCAAUCAAGGUCACGCAAAAGAAACAAUACAAGGAAACCAUGAUGGGACAGAGCUCCCGCGCUUCUCGCUGGGCUGACCCGGACCAUUUCGCCCAGCGUCAGACCUGCAUGAACAAGUUUGCCAACUGGUUUGGCACCAUGCCCCUGGUCCAUUCUCAGAUGAGGCUGGAUCCAGUCCUGUUCAAAGACCAGGUGUCCAUAUUGCGGAAGAAGUACAGGGACAUCGAGAGGCUAUAACCCUCCUGAGCCCCCCCGCUCUCUGGACACAACAAAGAAAGAGCGAGGGGGUGGACUUAUGGAGAAGCGGAGAACCUUUCUGUGAUUGCAUGGAUGGAUCAGUGGAGAAACAAAUUGGAUUGGGCACAGGGAAAGACAAGGAAUGAAACUUGAACAGUAGUGGAGGACACCACAUUUGUCGGCCUCCUUUGUUGUCCUUCCUCCAUUUCUCCUUUCUACCCCUGCUCAUUAUGUGUACUGGGGAAUAGCGGAGCACACAGGUCCCACUAUAUACAUCACGACUACCAACCACUGAAGGACACCUGAGGACUUUUAAAGACUCGACUUUGAACUGAAGUGGUCACGGAGUCAAAAAAAAAAAAAAGUCACAGCUUGCCGCUUCAGUGUCCCAACAGCAGCAAACCACUCCCGACUCCAAGCCGCUGACAGUGACUGUGUGUUCUGCUCUGUACACUAUGCACAGGUACCUGAAAGUUUUUGUUGACAGAAUAUUAUUGAUAAAUAUGAAGAGGAUAACACUAUUUUGGAUUGUGUUUAGCUAUUUUUUAUACAGUGAAUGAAUGGCCAGCACUACUCUCUCUGUAUUGUCUUAAUUAAAACCAAUAGUAGGGUGGCUUAAGAGAGGAGUGACAGCCCCUCAACCACAGAACUGAGUUAUGAUCAUUGAUCUGACAUUCACAGUGCCUCACAGAUUAUCUAACGGCAGUGGGAUCUGAGAGUCUGAGACAAAGACAUGGUGCAGAAUGAGCACCUUGAUCGAGCUGCUUUCUCGUUGUUGUUUUUUUCCAGGUAUGUGAUUUUCUGUAUAAUUGAUGAAAUUACGGAUCUUGUAGUAAAUUUUCAAGGUCGGCAUUCGCAUAUGUUCCUCAACAAAACAAAAAAAUAAAUAAAAGCAGAAUGAGAUA